AUGAAACGGACAUCCAAAUCAAGUGCAGCAGCUCCUCAGAGACAACGGUUCAUGAGAACUGGAGAUUCACCACAAAGCAGUGUAUUUGGUAGGAUCGAAAAGAGCAAUCUCCAGCAAGCUAUUGAAGCCCAUCCGGCUCUGCUUUUCAAGCAACAGCUUACAGCUUACCUUGAGAAGACGUAUCGAAUGAUAAGAGACAAUUUGAAGAGAGAGAUAUCUCCAUUUCUUGAUCAUUGCAUUCAGGCACCGAGAACAGCUCGCAUAAGUCAGAUUCAUGGAGCUUCUGUGGCAAACGUCUUGGCCCAGCAGAUUGGCCAUUGGCAGAGUAUUGUGAAAAUAAUAACAAACUACCUGGGUGUUUUGAAAUCCAAUCAUGUUCCUUCAUUCUUAAUCUGCAAGAUGUUCGGUCAAAUAUUUUCAUUCAUUAAUGUCCAGUUGUUCAUGAGUCUGCUUCUCCGACGAGCGUGCUGUUCAUUUAGCCACGGAGAAUAUGUCAAGGCUGGAUUGGCAGAGUUAGAACAGUGGAUCAUUGAUGCGACUGAAAAGGUAAUCACAAGUAUGAAAACAAUUAUGACUGAAGAAUCAGAAAAUGGAGUGGUCGUUCCUUUCUUAUUUGAUGAUGACGAAAGCAUUCCAUUUUCGCUGCAAGACCUUCAGAAGUGUGCGCGGGUAUUCGAGGUAACUGAUGUUGAUAUGCCGCCUUUGGUCCUGGAGUAUCCUUGCUUUAACUUCCUACACAAAACAAAGGACAAACUGGACGGCCCGGCCCUCCAAAGUUAA